GGUCACACAAGGACUGAAACACAAUUCAUCUGAAGAGGAUGGCUGUCACAGAGGACGACGACUACUUUUACCACGAAAACGCCACCUUCAACUACAGUUACGAUGACUACCCAUCUGUGUGCGAGAAGGGCGAUGUCCGUUCUUUCGCGGCAUUCUUCCUGCCCAUCAUGUACGGUCUUUGUCUGGUUGCAGGACUGGCAGGAAACGUUCUGGUCCUGGCCGUCUACGUCUACCACAAACGUCUGAAGACCAUGACUGACACUUUCCUGAGCCAUUUGGCCAUCGCUGACUUGCUGCUGCUCUUCACUCUGCCGUUUUGGGCUGCCGACGCUGCUAGAGGCUGGGAGCUGGGGGACGGCGUUUGUAAGAUUGUGUCGGCCUGCUACACAUUGAACUUCAGCUGCUGCAUGCUGCUGCUGGCCUGCAUCAGCUUGGAUCGUUACUUAGCCUUAGCCAGAGUGCAGGGCAAAGACCAGAGCGGGUGGCUGCAGAGGCUCUUCAUCAGGAGACACUGUUGGAAAUGGUGUUCGGUCAUCUGGUUGACAGCCUUCCUUCUUGGGCUUCCUGAUUUGAUCUUCUCCGAAGUGAUGCAGACUCCCGAUAGGAGAGUCUGCCUGGCCAUCUAUGCUUCGUCCAUGGCUCGAAGUGGUAAAGCUGUGCUGGAGGUGCUGGAAGUGAUGCUGGGGUUCCUGCUUCCUCUGCUGGUCAUGGCGAUCUGUUACUGGAGCAUCGGCCGAGCACUGAGAGACCUCCCCGUUGAGAGCAGAGGCAAGAAGUGGAGAGCUCUGCGAGUUCUUCUAAUAGUAGUCGGAGCGUUUGUGGUCACCCAGCUGCCAUAUAACGUGUUAAAACUGUACCGUGCAAUGGAUUCAUUGUACAUUCUGGUGACUCACUGCAGGACGAGUAAAGCGCUAGAUCAGGCAGCUCAGGUGACAGAAACCUUGGCACUCACCCACUGUUGCCUCAAUCCCAUCCUCUACGCCUUCACGGGCUCCUCUUUCAGGCAGCACAUGAUGAAAGUGGCCAAGAAGUUUGGAGAGAGGAGAUGGAAAAUGAGCAGGAGGAGACGGGAAACUCCUGCUAUAGAGGAGGGGAUUGAGAUGUCUUUUAACUCCCACAGCGCAUCACAAGAAACCAACACAUUCUCCAUAUGAGUUACUGGACCCUGUCAGUGAAAACGAGUUUACAAAGUACACAUUUAGUGUAAAAUUAAAUAAACAGCUUUAACUUACUUAAAAAUCACAAAAUUAUAAUUUUUAGUUAGUCGUUUUGUGAGAACAUUAUUUCCUGAAGAAACUGUUUUUAAAGCAGCCAUGACCAAUAAUGUCCUUCAGCCAGGCAUCUUGAUUUAGUUUAGAAAUUUAAGAAACUGAAAUAAGGACACUGACUGGACAGAGUAGUGCUGAGACAAAGUACAUAAACAAACAAAAUAAACAGACCUAAAUUUAAAGAGUUAAAGGUGCAGAAGCGAGUUCUGAGAAAACUGUGGACUUACCUGAAAAUUUGAACAAGAUCACCUUACA